AUGACAAAAGAAACUCCAAAGUUAAAAAGACUUCCUAUUCCUCCCCUAGAAGAUACCCUUAAUAGAUUUAUAUCAUGCGUAGAACCAUUACAAGAUGAAAAACAAAGAAUAAAGACAAGACAAAAAGUGUUCUCUGCAGAAAAUUUAGAUAGUAUGCAACAAUUACAAGAAAAAUUAAUUGAAUAUGAUGAACAAUUAGCUAAAGAAAAUCCAAUAUCAUCUUAUAUUGAACAAUUUUGGUAUGAUUCUUAUUUAUUUUAUGACCAAUCGGUAGUCUUAAAUGUUAACCCUUCUUUCCAACUUCAAGAUGAUCCCAUGGUGAAUUCAUUAACAUGCAAUAUUGAUACUUAUGGCGAAUAUACUUUACAAAUCAAAAGAACCUCUAAAUUAGUUGUUUCUAUUCUAAAAUUUAUUAAAGAUAUUAGACAAGAUAAUUUACGUCCUGAUAAGAUUAGAGGUAAGAUUCCUCUAUCUAUGGAUCAAUACGAUAAAUUAUUUGGAUCAAGCAGAAUCCCACCAGGCCCUGGAGAAGAAACUUGCCAUUUACAAACAGAUAAGACUUCUCAUCAUGUCAUGGUCAUGUAUAAGGGUCAAUUUUACUGGUUUGAUGUUUUAGAUAUUGAUAAUAAUCCAAUAUUCAAUUCUCCUGAAGAAUUAGAAUGGAAUCUCUAUUCCAUUUUAAUUGAUGGGGAUAAUGAAAAUAGGACUAAUAUUUCUGCACCAGUAGGUAUAUUUACCACUGAAAGUAGAAGAGUUUGGUCAAAUAUUAGAGAUUAUAUCCAAAAUUCUGAAGAUGUGACCAAUUGGAAAAAUUUAAGAAUCAUUGAUAGUGCAUUAUUCGUCAUAUGUUUAGAUGAUAUAAUCAUUGAUACAGAUAAAAGUAAUAAUCAAAGUAAUUUUGACAGCACUAAGAAUACUGAAAGAGAAAAAGAAGAAGAGAGUAAACUGGUAAAAUCAAUGCUAUGCGGUACAUCUGAUAUCGAUUUUGAAAAUAAGGACAAUGUGAGAACUUCAUUACCAUUAGGAAUCCAAAAGGGAACGUGUUUAAACCGUUGGUAUGAUAAAUUACAAUUAAUUAUAACUAGGAAUGGUAAAGCCGGUAUUAAUUUUGAACAUACAGGUAUUGAUGGUCAUACUGUGCUAAGACUCGUGACUGAUAUUUAUACUGAUUCUAUUUUGAACUUUGCCAGUGAAAUUACUAAGGAUAUCCCCAGUGUAUUUAAUUUAUCCAAAUCGUUUAAUGAAAAAGUUAAAGUAUCCAAUAAUAUUAAUGAUAGUAAUUCGAUGGCCAACUUAAUUACUAUUCCAAGAAAACUUGAAUGGAAGAUCGAUUCAUUUUUAAAAUCAUCAUUACAUUUCGCAGAGACAAGAGUCUCUGAUUUAAUCUCACAAUAUGAAUUUGUUAACCUUGAUUUCAAUGAAUAUGGAGGUCAUUGGAUCAAGAAAGUCUUCAAGUGUUCACCAGAUGCCUUUACUCAACAAAUCUUCCAAAUAGCGUUUUACGCAUUAUAUGGUAAAUUCGAAACUACAUAUGAGCCUGCCAUGACAAAGACUUUCCAAAAUGGUAGAACAGAAGCCAUUAGAACUGUGACUUUUGAAUCUCAAAAGUUUGUGAAAUCUCUUUUCGAAAGAAACGUUACGGAUGAAAAGAGAAUUGAAUAUUUACAUGAGGCUUGUUCCAAACAUUCUGCAAUCACGAAAGAAUGUUCACUAGGGUUAGGCCAUGAUAGACACUUGUAUGCGUUGUAUUGUAUUUGGAGAGAAUCAUUCCAAGAAAAGAUGGAUCUUCCACCCCUUUUCAAAGACGGUUCUUGGAGCAUAAUGAAUAAUAACACAUUAAGCACUUCGAAUUGUGGGAACCCUUGCUUGAAGAACUUUGGGUUUGGACCCGUAGUACCUAACGGGUUUGGCAUUGGAUAUGUAAUCAGAGACAAUUCCAUUUCCAUCGUAGUAUCAUCAAAACAUAAACAAACAAAAAGAUUUGUAGCUUUAAUUGAAAAAUCAUUCGUCGAAGUUCUCCAUAUGUUCCAAAGAACCACUUCCACUGCACCCAAGACCAAUCAGGAUUCCGAACAGUACAUGGUGGAGCUAAGAUCCACGGGAGACAGCCAAGAACAAGGAAGAUCAAAGGCAUUGUCGUAUCUGUUGGGUGGAUAUGAUUAUUUUGAUGUCAGCAUUACUGGGUAG